AUGCUGGGCAGAGCAAAACUGGUGUCCAACGAGCCGCGCAUCUGGGUGGCGGACGACUGCGUAUCGCCCCAGUUCCUGGACGCGGUAGACGAGGCCUUCAAAUCCAAAGACAGCCAUGUGGUGGAGAAGCACAACGGUCGGAAGAUUGUGGCACGGAACCUGGAUUUCGAGGCAGAUGCCUUGUGGCAAGAGUUAUUUCAGACCAUCUCCGACCUGUGUGGUUUGGAGGGAGCUGCGCCCCAGCAUCGUCAGUUCAUGGUCACCGAGGUCUUCGGUUGUGGUCAGGAUGCGCAUGUGGACCAUGCGAAUAUCGACGACGUGGCAGCGGGGCAUCCGAUCGACUUUCUGAACUUGGAAAAGCAAAGCCCAUCGCGAUCGCAUCCGCGAAGGGUAGUGCCAACCAUCUCCAUCAUUCUGUACUUCAAUGCAGUGGGUGGCAUUCGUUUUCCAAACGCCGAGGGCAUCCACACGAUUGCUGGCAAGCGAGGUCGUAUGAUCCUGUUUGAGAACUACGAGGACAAACUCCGACCGAUGCACAAGACCUCUGCCCUUCAUUACGGCAUCUACUUUGAGACGCUGCCCAAGCGAAUUCUCGUCCUCGGGGUCCUCGCCAAUGAGACGCCCACGAUGGACCAGAGUGGCAAAACCACCAAAGGCCUGAUCUAUUGUGCUGGCACAGAGAGGGAUCCCCUUUUUCAUGACAACCCCUCCUAUGAUGGCUACAAGAGGGGUGGAAACACGUGGAUGCAAACGAUGCCCAAACAGGAUCUCAUCAUUACUUUGGAGAUGACUGAGAAAGGGACUGCCUGUUCAAUGGUGGGUCGCAGUGUGGGAGGUAGAGAGCUUUGUUUGCUGGAGUGUGAGAAGACCGCCGAAGUACGAUCCGUCCGGGCUGAGAUCUUGAAGAUAGUCGACCCCCUCAAGGAGUGGAACGUACUCCUCUGCCGCAUGGAUGGCCAACUGCUCACCGAUGAGCACGACCCCCUGACCAUCUCCGAGUGCUUUUUUACAGGUUCAGCCGCCGACCGCGCGGACGCAGCGGGGUCAGGGGACGUGUCUGGCGCGUGCGGCGCGUGCGGCUGCUUGUUGGCUUGA